UAAUCCCAUAUCAAAAACAUGCCGCAAGCCUUAUAGUCAUGUGACGCAAAACGGAUUAUUUGAUUGGCUCUUGACAUGUUUCCGUCUAAAGGCUAUGAGAGUUGUGAAAAGAAUGGCGACUGACUGAGAUGCUCUCAAGGAAUUAAUGACAGUUCUUUGUUUAAAUCACGGAUCCUUUGAGAUUUAUUAAAUCUGACUUUUCCUAACAUGUCAACGUCUUCAGCUAGGCUAACUAGACAGAAUGUUAGGAAAACCAGAAAAAAGAAUAUUAAAAAGCCAGUAUUCUUACGAUCUAAUAAUUCAGUGCGAGACUUAGAAGCCCAUAUCAUCUACUCUCCUGCUGGUCCUUCACCAGCUGGUCCUAGCACCAGUGGAGUAAGUUCACCACAUCAGUCACCUUAUGCCUUAAGGCGGAAGCUUUCAUUGCAAGAACCCAGGAGCCCAGGCUCUACCAAUAGUGGUGUUGAUAGUUCAGAGACUUUUUGUAGUCAUAAUUUACUCACACGUAAACGCCAAAGGCGUGUUUUCUCCUCCUCACACUCUACUGCAGAAGACACAGGAGAAGCAGCCCAUUACCUUCUAUAUGAGCUUCCAGAUGAAGUUCUAUUAACAAUUUUCUCUUAUUUGCUGGAGCAAGACUUGUGUCGUGUUGCUCAAGUUUGCAAGCGCUUCCAUAUCAUUAGUAGUGAUACAGAGUUAUGGAAAACUCUAUACCAAUCUGUAUAUGAAUAUGAUCUUCCAUUGUUUAACCCUGCUCCCAACAAAUUUGAAUUUAUCCAACUUGAAGAAUGUAAAUAUGAAAAUCCUUGGAAAGAAAGCUUUCAACAACUGUAUCGUGGCCUUCAUGUGCGCCCUGGAUAUCAAGAGCAAUAUGACAACAACCCUGACCACUAUCGAGGAAGAAAUAUAACUUAUUUUGACACAAUUGAGUCUGCAUUUAAUUAUUCAGAGGAGAUAGAAAAUCCAUUAAUAUUUAUACAUGCUGGAGUAUAUAAAGGAGAAUUUCUUAUUAUCGACACAAAUGUUGCUAUGGUUGGUGCAGCUGCUGGAAAUGUAGCUGAAAAUGUUGUUUUAGAAAGAGAUACUGAAUCUACUAUUACUUUUGUGGAAGGAGCUAGAGAUUCUUAUCUUGGAUAUGUUACUCUUAAAUUCACACCAGAUGUUUCCUCUUCUGUUCCUCAUCAUAAACAUUAUUGUUUAGAAGUUACCGAAAAUUGCUCACCCACGAUAGACCAUUGCAUUAUUAGGAGUGCCUCUGUUGUUGGUGCAGCUGUAUGUGUCAGUGGGAAACAAGCAGAACCAAACAUCAAACAUUGUGAUAUAAGUGAUUGUGAAAAUGUUGGAUUGUAUAUUACUGAUCAUGCUCAGGGCAUAUAUGAAGAAAAUGAAAUCAGUAGAAAUGCUUUAGCUGGUGUUUGGGUAAAAAAUCAAGCUAAUCCUAUUAUGAGGCGGAACCAUAUUCAUCAUGGUCGUGAUGUUGGGGUAUUUACAUUCGACAAUGGUCUAGGCUAUUUUGAAACAAAUGACAUUCAUAAUAAUAGAAUAGCUGGUUUUGAAGUGAAAGCUGGUGCCAAUCCUACUGUUGUACGAUGUGAAAUUCACAAUGGUCAAACUGGGGGUAUUUAUGUGCAUGAAAAUGGAAGAGGCCAAUUCAUCGAAAACAAAAUUCAUUCUAAUAACUUUGCUGGUGUCUGGAUAACAUCACAUAGUAAUCCUACAAUCAGGAGGAAUGAAAUUUAUAAUGGUCAUCAAGGUGGUGUAUAUAUAUUUGGUGAAGGAAGGGGACUAAUUGAGCACAAUAACAUUUAUGGUAAUGCCUUAGCUGGUAUCCAGAUACGUACAAAUAGUGACCCUAUCGUGCGAUAUAAUAAAAUUCAUCAUGGUCUUCAUGGUGGUAUUUAUGUGCAUGAAAAAGGUCAAGGUCUAAUAGAAGAAAAUGAAGUUUAUGCCAAUACCUUAGCCGGUGUGUGGAUUACAACAGGAAGUAUUCCAGUAUUACGACGUAACAGGAUACAUAGUGGGAAACAAGUUGGAGUCUAUUUUUAUGACAAUGGUCAUGGGCGACUAGAAGACAAUGAUAUUUUUAAUCAUCUGUAUUCUGGUGUACAAAUAAGAACUGGUAGCAAUCCUAUUAUUUGUCGGAAUAAAAUUUGGGGUGGCCAAAAUGGUGGUGUUCUUGUAUAUAAUGGAGGACUAGGUAUUUUAGAACAAAAUGAAAUUUUUGAUAAUGCCAUGGCUGGUGUGUGGAUCAAAACUGACAGCAAUCCAACCCUUAGGAGAAACAAAAUUUAUGAUGGUCGUGACGGUGGGGUAUGCAUCUUUAAUGGUGGAAAAGGAAUAUUAGAAGAAAAUGAUAUUUUUCGCAAUGCUCAAGCUGGUGUAUUGAUUAGUACACAAAGUCACCCAGUUCUAAAACGAAACAGAAUAUUUGAUGGUCUUGCAGCUGGUGUGGAAAUAACAAACAAUGCCACUGCAACACUAGAGUACAACCAAAUUUUCAACAACAGGUUUGGUGGAUUAUGUUUAGCAAGUGGUGUAAAUCCUAUUCUUAAAGGUAACAGAAUAUUUGAAAACCACAAUGCAGUUGAAAAAGCUGUUAGUACUGGUCAGUGUUUGUACAAAAUUUCUAGUUAUACAAGUUUUCCAAUGCAUGACUUCUACAGGUGUAGAACAUGUAACACGACAGAUCGAAAUGCUAUUUGUGUAAAUUGUAUAAAAACUUGCCAUGCAGGUCAUGAUGUAGAAUUUAUUAGACAUGACAGAUUUUUUUGCGACUGUGGGGCCGGUACACUGAGUAAUCAAUGCCAACUUCAAGGGGAACCAACACAAGACACUGAUACACUGUAUGACUCUGCAGCACCUAUGGAAUCUCAUACGUUAAUGGUGAACUAAAUAAAUAAAUAAAAGUUUCAGUGCUCCGAGCUAGAUGUCUUUCUGAUAUCGAUUGCUCUGUUCAUACGUGGAAGGUUUCUCUUUGAGAAAGACUGUCCAGCUCAGCCCAUCACAUAUGGUAUCUAGUCACAAUCAAGACCCACAAGGUCUGUGCCACUUGGUCAUUGUGCCGAUUUGGCACAACCCAAGACUUUAGUGGAUUACCUAUUUUUGCCAACAUGACUGCCAAGAGUGUGUCCCACUAGACAGGACUCCGUGCCGCAUUCUCUCGAUCGUCCUCUUUUAUAUAUAUAUAUCUUUAUACUGUUACUGUUUAUGUUGUUGUAGUUGGCGAUCAACGAGGUGAGCAGAGUUCUACGUGGAGAAAUCAGGUAUAUAAGUUUGUGCAUUGUAGAUUUUUUUUUGUUUACUUUCACUAGCAUUGUAAAUAGUCACAUAUCAUGUGGAUACGAAAUGAAAAAAAAAAAAAAGAUUGUAAAGUGAAUCACUUGUAAUUACAAAAAUUUUCCGAGUGAAAAUGAUAUAUGUUUUUGUCAUUUGUUUUCUUUUAUAUUUAAAGAAGUAUAUACAUUUCUAUACUUAUUUUUUAUGAUGAGAGAAAGUGUUUUCUAAAACCUUGUUCAUCGAGAUAUUCUCACAAAGCAUGGGGAGCUCCUUUUUUUUGUUGUUUUCUUUUGAAAGAAGCUGCAAUCACUAAAUAGCAGAGCUGCUCAGCUCAGGUUGUUUGAGCUUUUUUAUUUUUAUUUUUCAUGCAUUUAAUAAAUUUUGCUGGAGGAAAAAUAUCAGUACUUUUAUUUACUGUAAUCUUUAUGUUCAUCCAUUCCAAUGUUCAAAUUUAAAUUAUUUAUUCUUGUAUUUUAUAUGACUCUUUGAAUACAAAUAAAUGUGUUCGUAUUCAGGCUGCUUCUCAGAAUGCCUAAGCCUUUUCAGAUUCCCUUUAAAUGUCCGGCAUUUUCCCCAUAGGCUUUCCAAAUAGGGUUCAAACUAUAUUUUCUUGCAUGUUGAUUUGUUUUGUAUCUCGAGAUGUCAACUACUACAGAUUUUGUUGUUGUUGUUGCAAUUAUCAUGGAGUUAAACCAAUAAUCAUAGUAGUUCUAUGUCGACUGUAAAGAAUUCUGUUCUUAAUCUUGCAAUUUUAAAAUAUAAGUAAGCGUAAAUAGGAGUUAGAAACAGCAAUAUGCUUAAUAAUUAUCUUAAUCUAUUUGUUUUCACACGAGUUUCAAUUUACUUAUUUAUUGUUCAAAAAACUGAAUAAAUAGUUUUAUAAGUUUAAAUGUUAUUGUAUAAAAAAAGUAUGGAAUUAUUAGAAUGAUUAUUUAACCUGAAUUUGCAGGUCGAGCUUCCAUCCCAUAAUUAGUUAUGGCCUCUGAUAUUAUGCAUUUAACCAUACAUACGAAUCCACCAAAAUCAGAACAAAAGGGAAUAGGACAUUUCUGUGAAUAAAAUUCUUCCAAAGCAAUAAAGAAAAAUUAAUUGAAUAUAGUUUGAACACAUCCUCAGGGUAAAUGACUUAAAACAUAAACUAGCGUGAAUAUAUUUGUUCUCAUUGAAAUAUGUUAAUAGUUUAGUAAAGGGGUCGAAAGGAACUUUUAUUAAUCAUAAGAGAACUUAAUUGGUUUUACACCUUUGUAAUAAUAUGAAUUCCUCUAUAAUUUAAGAAAAAAAAUCUAUUAUGGUUGACAUCAUUAAUAAUGUGAAGAAUUAUUGAUACAUUUUACCUUUUUGUUGAUAUUCUAUUUAUUCAGUUCAAAUUUUAGAUUGGUUAGUAAAAAACAUUUAGGUUUUUUGAAUUGGUGUUCCUUUGAGAACAGAAUGUCUAUUUAUGUGAAUUCUUUUAGUAUUUUUUUUUAAUAAAUUUGUAUGUGGUAUUGAUGCAGAGUGACAUCCAAAAUCUAUGCAAAUUUUAUAUGAGGUGUUUGUUCACUACUGUUGAGCUGCUAUUUCUUGACAGAAAACGAAGAGGUAUCCAUAUUAUCCUGUGCCUUAUUUGCAGUUUACCUGAAACAACUUGCCCAUUCUUAAAAAAUGCAUUGCUGUAAUAGAAUGCACUGUAUAAAAAUACUCCCCAUGCUUCUGUAAGUAUUUGCCAACAUGUAAGUGCAUUCAUAAAAUAUGUAUGUAGUCUGUAAAAUGUGUUUCUGUGUCCUUAUUGGUGCCUCAACUGAAGUGCUCAUGUAAAUUACAACAGGCUUUCACACUGACUGAAAGUUGUAUUUCUUCAGGCUUCUUCACAAUAACAGAAAAAAAAAAAGAACUUUGUAUUUAUGCCAAUAACAGCUGUAAUAAUUCAAAGUUAAUUCCCAUGCAAAACAAUUACUAUGCAAAAAAAUGCACCGAAUAAAAAAAAAAUGUGCAGAAUAUCAAACCAUUAUUUGCUACUGGUGAUGUACUUUCUUUGAUAAGCACAUAUUCACAUCAAGGGAUGUUUUAUACAGUAUUAAAUAAAUCCAUUUUUAAAGCUGCACCAGCUUUGCCCAAAAUUUUAUCCUUUUUUUUUAAGUUGUAAAAUUGAGCAUUAUGCAUAAUGCUACGAAAUCAAUUAAAUAUGCAUUGCAUGCCUGUCACUAAAUUUAAUUUCUAUUUCAUUUUUUAAAUAAAAAUUUAUGAAAAUCA